AUGUCUGCCCCCAGCACAACAGCGCGACCGCCCCCGCCGUCGCUCCGCAAGGACUCCCGCAUCAUCAUCGUCGGGUCCGGCGUCUUCGGCAUCUCAACGGCGCUCUGGCUCGCCCGCGCCGGCUACCGCGACGUCACCGUGCUCGACAUGCAGGACACGGCGGCCGCGGGCUACGACCCCAAGGCCGGCAUCGACAGCGCCUCGGCCGACAUCAACAAGAUCGUGCGCUUCAGCUACGGCUCCGCCGUCGACUACCAGCGCCUGGCCUCGCGCGCCGCCGCCGAGUGGGACGAGUGGAACCGCCAGAUCGCCGCCUCCACCGACCUACCGCGCCGCUUCGCGGGAGACAGGAGCCGGGUCUGGCUCAACUGCGGGGCGCUGAGGCAGAGCCCCACGCGCGAGAUGACGGAGCAGGAGCUUCUGACGCUCAAGAGCAUGGAGCAGGAGGGCAUCAGGGACAGGCAGUUCCGGACGGACGACGAGGCCGACGUCGAGCGGGCGCGGCGGCGCGGCUGGGCGCACAAGCUAGAUCCGUGCCGGCGGCGGGAGAGGUUCGGCCACCACAAGGCGGUGCUCGACUCGACUGCCGGGUUCGUCGUUGCGUAUAGGGGUUGCGACUGGGCGAGGCACAUGGCUCAGAAACUCGGCGUGAAGUUCAUCCUCGACUCGCGCUGCGGCAAGGCGAUUGACAUUGGUGGAGCUGACGAUGGAAAGCCAACCGUCCGCACGGCCGAUGGCACAGUGCACAAGGGUGACUUGGUUGUUGUUGCUGGCGGUGGCUGGACGCCGUCGCUACUCCCCGAGGUCGAUCAGCUCUUGGAGACGACCGGCGGCUCGGUAGCUAUGAUCCAGAUUCCUCGUUCACGAAAGGACCUCUGGGAUCGCUUCGCACCGGAGAACUUUCCGGUCAUAAUGGAGCCCGGAAUCUAUAGCUUUCCCAGGGAUGAGAACGGCAUCGUCAAGAUUGGUUUCAGAGAGACAAAGAAUCUCCCCGAGCUGCGCGAGUUCGGCAUCUCGUCGACCAAGCUGUGCUGGUACACGGACAGCGUCGACAACUCGUUCCUCGUCGACUUUGUGCCCGGCCGCGGCGGCAAGGUGGCCGUGUGCUCGGGCGGCAGCGGCCACGGCUUCAAGUUCCUGCCGAUCCUGGGCCAGGAGGUGGUCAAGAUCCUCGAGGGCAGGGGGUCGGCCACCCCGUACGGCAGGCUGUGGGGCUGGCGGAGCACGUCGCCUCCGGCGAGCGCGGCCGUGGGAGACGCCAAGGGCAAGACGCGCAACGGGCUGGGCGAGGGCGAGGCCGGGCCGCGGGUGCUGUCGAAGUUAAAGAUGGCGAGUCCGGCGGACUGGGUCUUCAAGUCUGGCGCUGACAAUAGGAGUUCGAAGCUAUAA